AUGUCAUCAGUUCGGAUUCGUGAAACCGUUAGUGAAUCUCUUUUUGAAGCACUCUCAAGCUCCCAUGAAGUUCAACAGAAAGUGCUCGAAAUGCUAGUUUCCAUAACGAAGGUUAGUCCUCAAAACAGGAACUCGCUUGCACAAACAGAUGGUGCCAUCCCUGCCCUUCUUACUCUCUCCAAAUCUUCCUCUUCAAUCAUCCAAGCUCUCUCAUUGUCCAGUCUCUUCAAUAUCUCUCUAAACCCUGAGCUAAAGCGGUCUCUUGCAGAUAUGGAAACCAUUUAUCACCUCAAUUCCAUUCUCUCGCCAAGCUCUCCAGAAACUAGUAGAUUAACUUCCUCAUUGGUUUGUAGUUUGGCAAUGCUUGAUAAGAACAAGGCAAAGUUUGCAGUAGCUGGUACCAUCCAAUUGCUAAUCAAGGCACUAUCUGGACCCAGGAGCCUAGCUUCCCAUCACCUCCUAAGUUCUUUGGCCGAGCUUGUACAGUUCCAUGGGAACUGCACCGUAGCCAUUCGAUCAGGAGUUGUUCCGGUGCUUAUUAACAUAGUGGAAAGCGAUAAUGGUGUGGAUCUUGCCGGGACUUCUCUUGCUGUUCUGUGUCUCCUUGCUAGGUUUGAUGAAGGAUUGAAUGCUAUGAGAAAAAAUGACCAUGUUGUGAGCUUAAUGGUGAAUGUGUUGAAACGGAGGGGCAUGUUGAGUAAGGAGGGCGCGGCUGAAAUCCUUCUUCGCUUGUUUGAUGAAAGUGAGGGCUAUAUGACAGAUGCUUUGAUGGGGCCAUACUUUUCAACUGUGCUAGCAGAUCUUUCUGUAAGAGGAUCUGCAAAAGCUCGAGAGAAGACCGCUUUGCUAAUGGAAAAAGUUAUGGAGGCCAACAUGGAUUCUUAA